CCUUUGCUGAGCUGAGCUGCUUGCUCUCUCUUGUGAAAUUCCGAAGGCGUCGACGAAAUUUUUUAGUUCCGAAUCCACCGUCAUGGCCUCUCAAAUCUCAAAAUUUAGAAGUUCGAUUUGUUUACCGGUUUUUCUCUUACUAAGAAGAAAAUUUACGAGUUGAUUAGAAGCUUCAAGACCAUCCUAGGCCUGUAAUAAAGAGAGCUUUUCGAUGCACACACUUUGUAUUUGGUGUUCAUGACUCGUGUGUUCUUGUUUGCUUACGUAAAAGGGAAAAUGAAUAUGAGGUCAAACUUAUUUGAACGGGCACUUCCGUUUUGUAGUACACUCAUUUCUUAUGAUGUAAGAUUUGAAUUAUGUUUAACUGUCGUAGCGAGGACCAUGACUCGCAAUUGUAAUCUUCUGAGGAUGCAAACUAUGGAAAUGUGGAGUAUUACAUUGCAUAAUCAUCUUCAGAAUGAUUGGCGUCUGAAAGUACACCGGCAUUAACCAUGAGCGAAAAUAGAAAAUAACAGGAGACUAUAUAAAGUGCAUCAACGAAGGUGGACCGAUAUUGACUAUUGACUCUCCAUGUCACCUAUAUCGGCAAUAAAAUGACUUAUAUAAUGUGUUGUGUCUUUAGAUUGGUCAUGAACUUUGUUGGCAUAAAAUUCAGUGAUAACAAGGCUUACUCUUGGCUAGGGAGUCAAUUCUCUUCUCUCUUCUCCACGCCAACAAUUUUCAUAUCAAAAUCAACAUUUGUUGAUACUCUAAUUUGCAAUUGAGUUCGCAUUGCGCUUUUUUCAAGAUGUUGGAUCAAAUCUUUUUAUUUUCCUCUAACAUACUCCCACUCGCCGCCGUCUCAAACAAUGUGGUGCCGGGAAGUUUCAGUCAAAAAAUUCCAUCUCUAAGCCUUCAUUAGCCCCAUGCUCCUGGUGGUAUUUUCAAAGGUAGAUUUUUAAUUGGAAAUGGUCAAAUGGAGGAGAGGGAGAAGAGAAAUCGACUUUUGUCGAAAAAUCAAAGUCUCCAGAAUUCGGCCAAAAGUGUGAGCUAAGAAUCAACCUUGUUAUGCCCUCUCCUCCAUUUGGCCAAAAGUGUGAGCUAAGAAUCACUUACACCAUCGAAUAGAGCAAGUGAUGGUAAUAUUGACUUUACUGUUGUGUAUGCUUUUAAAACCCAAAUUAUGCCUUCUCCGGCUUACCAUAAAAGGCAGGUCGAAGAAGCAAGGAAAGAAGACGAUUUCAUUAAACAAAUCGAGUGUUCAUCAAUAAAUCGGAAACGAAUAAACUGAUUGAUCGCAUACUGAAACAGGAUCAAAACACGCAAUACACACCUCGCUUUACAAACUCAUCCUGGCGGCCCCACAUGUCAGCCUGCCCUAUGGACCUCCGCCCUCACGCUCGAAAAUUCAAAAAACGGGAAAGGCAACACAACACGGCUCGUUUAAAAUCCGAGAGAUCAGCCGCAGCAUCCCAAACUCCCUUCCCAAAUCCCCAAACAGAACAAAAAUCCCAACUGCAAGAGCAGCAGCCUCUGCUGCCUCCUCUCUCCCGACCGCACCACCACGAUGGGUUCCGCUCCCGCCGCCGCGGCCUUCCCGACCUACUCCGACUUCGCCGGCGCCGGCGCGCUGCUCUCCCUCGCCGACUCCUCGCCCUCGCCACCCCUCCCCACCCUCAGCGACGAGCUCUCGUCCUACUCGGGCUCCUCCUCCUCCUACUCCGUCACCUCCGGCAGGUCGUGCGUGUCCGACUCGAUCCGGCGCGGCCGCCCCGUCGACCCCCUCCGCGUGCUCGCCGUCGUCGCCUCCCUCCGCCGCAUCGACCCCAAGGUGCUGGCCAAGGCGACCAGUAAGCUGUGCCGGGGCGAGGAGGCGAAGAAGCGGAAGGGCUUGUGGAUCGAGAUCAGCGACGAGGAGGAGGAGGACGACGACGACAGCGAGAGGGGCAGCGCGGUGGCCAGCGAGGGGAGCACGAUCACCGGCGCGGCGUCCGCCGGAUCCACGGCCACGUCGGGAGGAUGCCGCCGGCCUCCGCGGGCGAGCGGGGGCGGCGAGAAUCUGCCGCGGAGGGCGGACUCGAUCAUGGAGUGGCUAUCGCGGCCGAAGGCGGCGCCGGCCACGGAGACGGCCAUCCGCGCCGCCGUCGGCGACAACGCCGUCACCAGCAAGGCGCUGCGCUGGCUUCUGAAGCAGCCGAGAGGCCUGCGCCGUACAGGCAGCGGUGGUCGUGCAGAUCCAUUUGAGUACAUGGUUGCAGGCUAACCUGAUGAAGUUAAUUAAGUUGUGUUAUAGCGAAGGAGUUGGCACCAGUAAAGAUAUUGGAGAGACCAAGUUAACUUUUGAAGAGCACUUAGUAAUGUCUACUACCUGUUGUUUAAUUGCUCCAGUUUUGCCUAGCCUUCCUGAAGAUAAGAAGUAUAUUAUAGGAAUCGAGGUUUUCAUGUUAGCAAUAGCUUGCAAAGUACUGGCUACACGCUCUUGGAUAGAAAGAUAGUCAUAUAGUAUAGGAAACAAUAUUUUCACAAUCACCUCUUGAGUAGACAGAUAAGUGUGAAGUCGUAUAGACAGCAGUUUUGUGAUCAUUUAAUCAUUGUUCAUGUAUGUUGAAUCACUAUAAUCCUCUCAAGGAAAAAGAGAAAUAAUCAGUGUACUCGAAUACACCAAGUUUAAUUUUCAGCCA